UCCCGAAAAGCUCUGCCUAAUCAAAGGGAAAACGGAGCACGGGGUUGGUUGUUUUUAAUUUUCUAAACCCCAGGGUGGCCCCCAGCCAAGGCCUCCUGGCGAUGGAGGGGAUAAAGUUCCCUGAGCCACCGCGAGCCUCCGCUUGCUUGCCGGUGCUCUGAACUUUGCCUUUAAGCUUUCAUGGCUGCAUCCGCACCGGGCUCCUGUGAGUGGAUGCUUUAGACCCUGCUUAGCAAGGUCACACUUCUCCUGAGACCCCCAUCAAGCCAAGCCUCCGGGUGCCUUGCAAGGAGGUCGCUGGUUGGAAGAAGCCCACGGAGGGAGGAAGGAGACAGCCAUGGCAGCCAAUCGCUCUGGUGGGAUGCCUGAUGCUCUGCUGGACAACAGCUUUGCUGGCACUGAUGACCUUGUUUCUGACUGGUACAUCUAUGAAACCAUGGAGCCGGCCGUGCCACAGGAUGAUGGGUUUCUCAGCAUGAUCCCAGACUGCAUCCCCACCAUUUCUCCCAGACUGUAUCACAUCUGCAUGGCACCUGUCUCCCUGACUGUGCUCGUGGGCUUGUCCUUGCUGGUGAAACGCAGGCACCUCCACCGGAGCUGCUGGAACAGCGUGCCAGGACUGCUCAGCCCAGCCAACUUUCUGGAGGAGGAAGGCAACCAAGGGCUGGUGGCUGCGGUGUUUGGCAUCCUGUUCUCCUCCCUGUGCGUGCUGGUCUUGGACAGGGACCCUCUGCCACUCAUCACCCACCCCUCCCAGGGCACCCGGGAGUACUGGAAGAUCCUGGCUUUGCUCUACUACCCUGCCUUCUACUACCCCCUAAUAGCCUGUGCCACUGUCCGGCACAGGGUCAGCUACCUUGUAGGCUGCCUGCUCUCCUGGUGCCACUGUGUGGUCCACAUCUGGCAGAAGGUGGAUUGUCCCCAGUCACCAAAGAUAUACAGAUACUACUCCAUGCUCUCUUACAUCCCCAUCAUCCUCUGCCUUGUGCUCUUAAGCCUUUGGUAUCCAGCCCUGCUCAUCAGGAGCUUCACUGGGCAGGAGGAGACCUUGGAUAAGGAGGUUACAGGGAGAGGUUAUUACAAGAAGUACCUAAAGGCUGUCCUGUCCAAACGCCCUCGGAAGGGGAGCUCCACAAAGACAGACGACAACCUCCUAUCAAGGGUCCAGACAUUUUUAUGCUCCUACAUCUAUGCUCCUGAAGAAGGUUUCCGGAUCCCAUUGAAGCUCGUCCUGUCCAUAACCAUGGCCAUGAUCGCUGUCUACCAGGUUGCCCUGCUGCUUCUGGUAGCCGUUGUUCCUACCAUCCAGAUUGUGCGAGCGGGGAUGACGAAGGACAUUGUGGUGUUGUUGGUCCAGUUUGGCUUGGUGCCCUCAGAGAGCCCAGCCGUCCCAGGUGACAUGGAGAAGGAGCUCAACACUGUCAAGUACUACCUAUGGUCACUAGAAGUCUGCUACAUCUGCUCGCUGGUGCUGUGCUGCCUGCUGACCUGCGCCAUGCUCCUGAGGACGCUGGUGAUGCACAGGAACAACCUGAAGGCGCUGUACCAAGGAGCCAUGCUGGAUGUUUUCUACAAAGCUCAUAUCCUCCGCCCAUCUCGACAAGCCAUUGUCUGCUGGAUGAGCUUUGCCAGCUUCCAGACUGCUUUUGCCUGCCUGGGUCUCCUUAUCCAGCAAGUGAUUUUCUUCAUCUGUUCAGUGGGGUUUACCUUCCUUUUUGUUAUCCCACUCCAGUCCGGCACAAACACGCCCCUCUUCAAAAUCAUUCAGAACAUGUGGCCCUUCUGGCUGACCCUGGUUAUUGCUGUCAUUGUGCAAAAUUUGGCAGCUCAAUACCAAUUCCUGGAGCACCAUCCCCUCCAGAAGGAGCUCACCAACAGGCGAGCUCUUUACAUAGUCACCUACCUGCUCUUUCCCAUCAAUGUCCUGGUGGGUGUCCUGGCCGGGGUGUGGAGGAUGGUCAUUUCUGGCCUUUAUAACGCUGUACAUUUCUGCCAGCUGGACAUCAGCCUACUGAACCGUGGCGUGGAGACCUUUGACCCUGGCUACCACACUUACUGCCACUAUCUGAAAAUCGAGGUCAGCCAGUCCCACCCAGUGAUGAAAGCCUUUUGCUUGCUGCUUCUCCAGCUAGCCAGGCCGGAGGGGUCACCAGGGCUCUGGGCCAGCAACGUGGAAGAAGGCAUCCAGCUGAUGCAGCCCAAGAAUGCACUGCCAAGCAGAGCCAGGUUCAAGCAGAGCCGAGCCCGGUGGUGGCUGGCCUACACGCUCCUCAACAAUCCCUCACUGACAGCUUGCCGGAAAACAGCCCUCUCUGACCCCACAGCAAAUGGCACCCAGCUCAUCUCCCCCAAGCCCUGACCUCCACAGAAGCCCUCCACCUCUCUCUGCCUCCAACCUACACUCCCAUCCUGUCCCAGUUUCCCGUUGACUCUCCUCCUGUGCUGGCAGGAGUUUUGGGCACCUCUUGCCCCUCUUCAGCCUUCUGUCCCUCUCCAGUGGUGAUGUGGGCUGAUUUUUAGCUCUAGGUCCAUGCUGAGCCACUACCAAGGUCCAGAGGUAAAGACACAGCCAAGGCAAAUGGGUCAUCUCCAAGCCUGACCUAGAUGGAGAGGGGUUGAUGAGCCAAGCUAAACCCUUCAGACAUCUCAGAAACAUAUUCGUAUGAGUCACUGCUGCAAUGAGCCCACCAGUUCUCAACGGUGGCCUUUCUAACACUUAGCAAGGCAGGAACAAGUCUCCAGCACCAGGGCAGUAAGGAAAGAGGGAGAAGGUGUGUGUUUGUGUGUGCAGAGGGAUCCUCAGCCAGGCUGAGCACGAGGAGCUACCUGCAGCUCAGCGUGGUCUACCUGCAGAGAAGGUCCUCAUUGCUAACCCCAUCCGCAGCUUCUCCCUUUCAGGUCUGAUCCUGUCUCUUUUCAGGUGCUGUACCUAGUCCCAGGAUUCUUCCCCCUGCCCCCAAUACUGUGAAGGCUGAAAUCCCUGUCUGCUCUCCUCUGGGUCGUGAGUUUGCAGAGCCAUCUGUUUUCCGUUCCCCUUAACUCUUGCCCCAUUGAUGCCUCUUGCUGCCACCCUGUUUUGUUUAAAGCCAGUGGUUCCCCAGGGCCAGUGACUCUCUAAGCAAGCUGAGCUUGAAUCCAUAGAAAGCAGUUUUACACCUUGCUUGGACGUGCCUUGUUGGAGAAGGUUAAUAAAUCACAUACCUUAUUCCUA